AUCAAUCAAUCAUGAAACUCCACAUUUUCACACACAACACACACUAGCCAUGGAUUCCUCUCUCCUCCGCUCAAUUCCGCCCAAACCCCCCUUCUCAAACCCCAAUUAACGAUUCAUAAACUCUCCUAACCCUAGUUUCCUACCCUACCGCUAUGGCUAUAAUCACGGGCGAUAGGUAUCUCGAAUCACUCGUAAAAUUCGUGGAGAAUCAGGCGGAGAGGUUAAUUGAAGGGACUCUGGUGCUGAAAUUGAAUCCGGUGGGUUUGCGGUACGUUCAAUCCAGGCUGGAAGCGUUGGCGGAGGUGGAGAGCUUGUUGGCCGGGGCUCCGGUUGAUUAUUUGCGGGCUUAUGUUUCUGAUUUGGGUGAUCACCGAGCACUCGAGCAGUUACGGAGGAUACUCCGCCUUCUUCCGUCGUUGAAGGUGGUUUCGGUUUUGCCUCCUCUGCGGCGGGAUCCAACGCCGCUGUACCUGCUUCCGUUUGCGAGGUUGAAGGUGUUGGAACUCCGCGGAUGUGAUUUGUCCACAUCGGCUGCUAAGGGGUUGCUUGAGUUAAGGUUCACGCUUGAGAAAUUGAUUUGUCAUAAUUCAACCGAUGCACUGCGGCAUGUAUUUGCGAGUAGAAUUGCGGAUAUUAAGGAUUCACCGCAGUGGAACCGGUUGUCUUUUGUUUCGUGUGCGUGUAACAGCCUGCUUCUUAUGGAUGAGUCUUUGCAGCUUCUUCCUGUGGUUGAAUCCCUUGAUUUGAGUAGGAACAAGUUUGCAAAGGUGGAUAAUCUCAAGAAGUGCACCAAAUUGAAGCACGUGGAUUUGGGAUUUAAUAACCUGAGAAGUAUUGCAUCAUUCAGUCAGGUCUCGUGUAAGAUUGUUAAGCUUGUGUUGAGGAACAAUGCUUUAACUUCAUUGCAUGGCAUUGAACAUUUGAAGUCACUACAAGGGCUUGAUAUUUGCUACAAUAUUAUUUCAAACUUCUACGAGAUAGAGAUCCUUGCUGGCCUUCCAUCUCUUCAGAACUUGUGGUUGGAAGGAAAUCCUCUUUGCUAUGCAAGAUGGUUCAGAGCCCAAGUUUUUAGUUUUUUUGCGCAUCCAGACCAACUUAAACUGGAUGACAAGAAAAUCUCCUCAUGUGAGUUCUGGAAGCGUUCAAUCAUAAUUUCAAGCCGUCACGAAAAGCCUGCUAGCUUUGGAUUCUAUUCACCUGUCCUAGAUGAUGCUGAUGUAGAAGGAAGUAUAAAUUCAAAAAGGAAGCGAAUCUCUCGUCUUGCAUGUAUUGAGAAUGACGAGCAAAGUGCAUGUAUAGGUUCUGACCAAGACUCACUGUCGUGUGAAAAUGAAAUUCAAAGCAAAGAUGAGGAUGCCAAUGCUGUCGAAGAAGCUGAAAUAGAUGAUUUGAUGAAAAGAAUUGAAUAUAUGAAGAAAGAUCAUUCUGUCAUGUGGCUGCAGGAAUUUAAAGAGUGGCUGAGUCAAUCAUCUGAAAAUGGUGUUGGUGGUAAUAAUAAAUUUAGGAGUGCCAUCUCACCUAAGAACAAAGAGAUGCAUCCGAAGAGCGAGAUAAAAGAUGAGGACCUUGCCGAGACCUCGAGAUAUAUCUCCGACUCUUAUCAGCUUUCUGAAGACGAGAGUAGCACAGCCAUUCUAGAAUCUGGAACCUCCUUUGCAGAUACAUCUACCGUUGUCAGUGCCAAACAAUAUUUCGAUCAACUUAGUGAAUCCGCUUCAAGAUUUUUCAUGGGCCAUGGUGCAGGGGAUAGACCUCUCUUGAGAAAUUCUAACGUGAAUCAGGAAGAUGUGAGAUUCUCAAAUAAUGAAGGGAGUGCGUCUGCAUUUGCUGGGAAUUCGCGCUCUAACGCCCUUGCAGUUCCCAGAGACGGGGAUAACAUGCAUACCAAAAACGUAAUCUCCCCUUCGACUUCGAUAAAUGAUAUUAGUGGCUCCCAUUCAUCGUCAGCUUGCCUAGGAUCUCCGCCUCAUUACCAAGAAGAUAUUUUGCAUCGACGCCAUAACUUAGAAGAAGAAUUUCUGCAGUUAUCUGCGGAAUCUUUCUCAGUGGCAUCUUCAGAUAGCAGUACAAGUUGUAGUGACGAUGAUUCCGUGGAAUUUGGCACUGCGAUAACUCGUGUUGAUCAAUCUGUUAUUGACAAUUCAUCUGAACGGAGUGGCAGUGCCUUCUUUUUAGCACCUUACCGAGACGAUGCAGGUGAUGCAUAUCCCGAUAAAAUUAUUUUGUUGAAGCAAAAUGGGACAUACAUGUCAAGUCCUUGCACUGAAGGAAAUUUUGCUAGCAUCAGCCGUAGAGAGGUGGAAACCUCCCCCCUUGCUUGCAGCAGCAGUUUCGACGAUGAUGUGCACGAUGGUGAAUCUUUAAGAUCUGUUAAGGGGAAAACUGAUUUGUUGAAGACAAAAAAAAAUAGGAAACCAAGAAAAAAAAUGAUUUCUUUACCUGAGGAGGAUGAUGUGCAUGGCGACAUUGACUCGUCGAAAAAGUCCAGUGACCAUGUGGGAGACCUGCAGAAGUGAUAUAGUUCAUGGAGGACAUGAAAUCGGUUGGUGAUGUAAAAACCCGUGCAGCUACAAUAGAGUGACAUAGCUAACCCCACUAUUAAGUUACAGAGUUCAAUUCAUCAAUUGAAUGAAAGAUGAUGUUAUUGAGAGUUAUUUCAAUUCCAGCGUGGCUUAUGGUUGGGUUAGUGAAUGUCUAGUUAGUACGUGUGCUGCAAUUUUCAGACCAGGAUAUAAUGAAAGGGGACUAUCAAUGCAAGGGAGCUGCGAACAAAUGUUGUAGAUUCUACGUGUGGAUGCAUGUGAUGAGUCAGGUAAUAGAUACUUCAGAUAGCCGAUGUAACUUUAAAUUUGGAACGUAUGUAAAAGUUACACCCGUGACGCAUUCCUGUAAGAGCAGUCUGAUCCCUUAGCACCAUCAAAGCUUAAAGUAGUUCUUGAGUGAUAGUCGAUUCAACUCUAUGGCCUUACUCAUCGUGGCUUCUUGUCUAAAUCUGAGUCGUGAUCGGAGCAGGAACUUGCUUUAGCCCUUUAUUCAUUUGCUUUUAAUUUGGUUUUCAUUCUUUUGGUCUGGGAUCACAUUUGGUUUCAUGUUCCUGUUGUAAAUGAAACAUUUAUUCCAUUUGUUCCAUUUGUAAAGAAUCUUAUGGUGUACAUAUUAGUUGUUAUACGACAUGUAGAUAUAAACAAGCUUCGAAGGGUUGUGAAAUGAUUAUACUACAUCAAAAUCGUUGCCCCCA